UUUAUUUUCUCUUCCCACCACAACCAGCCGACGAUGUUGUUCGAGAUUCGGUCGCUAUUAUUUUCCUCCGUCAACUAGCGUUUUCCAUAGCACGUAGUUAGUUUCUCCUUCUGACUGGGAGUUUGUUUCCUCGUUGAUGACGAUUUUUGUUGUACAACUCAGACGACGAUGGCACCUAUCCGCUAGUUCCAUCUUUGAUCGCUCACACCAUGGAUCCAUAUGUCUCCCCAGGGUGAUAACGUACCGAAUUCGUCCACCUCCAAAACUCUUCCCAGCCAGACCUAAGCUGCGCGCAAGAACGUUCACUGGAAUCGACAUGAGAACCAAAUUUUCAUUGCCGCUUGUGAGAAGGUGAUCGCUGACGGUCACCGUAAUGGAAAGUAUUUCACGAAACAAGGAUGGGAUCAAGUCAUCCAGCUGUUCAACUCCAACUCCGGUCAUUGUUGGACGAAGCAGCAGCUUAAGAAUCAUUGGGACGGUCUUCGGAUGAAGUACAAACAUCUGCGCGAGUUGCUGAACAGCACUGGUGUCGAGUAUAUCUCCCAUACGGGAACAAUUAAUGGACCCGACGAGUGGUGGGAGAGAAAGAUUCAGGAAAACAAGGAUUAUAGAGAAUUCAGAGACAAAGACUGCAGAGAGGUGUACAGCUACAAAGUGCUGCUCGAGGACGCCUACGACAGCGAUAAGUAUGCGAUAACACCCUCGACCAUGUGCAAGACAAGCUUCUCCAUGUUCGAAGAUAGUCGACACGAGGACCUGCAGGAUAGUCAGCCGCUCGACGAGGAGGGCAGUGCGUCAAGUGAUUAGGGCGAGAGGACAUAUCCUGUCGCGUCCAGCAUCGACGUCUCAAGGCCGCAAAGUGGUGACAAACGUACGCAUGGCGGUAGGAACAAAAAGGAGAAGAGAGCAAAAGUUUCCGCGACGAGCUUAUCAGACUCUGUUAACCUUGCUAUCGCUGCAAGUGCAAAAAUAGCAGCUAAAAUCAACAGCCUGGUCAGUCCCGAUGUGCCGGACGCGAACACGCUCAUGAAAGAGUACGGGCCGAUUGUAGAAAAAACUGAUAUGUACUUUUGGAUGUUGACGUUCUUAUCACAGAGGCCGAACAGGGAGAUACUUGCAAUGCAAGAAGAUGCGAAUGACAAAUUAGACUAGGUCGAGUGGAGGCAGGAGUAAAGGCAAGCCCACCCGAAGUGAAAGCUGUUGCUCGGUCAGUUUUCCCAUUAACGCCGUAUUAUGUACCGUUUGUUCUGGUUUUUUUCCUUUUUCUUUUUAUGUGCCAUGUGUAUGACUACUGUGUUGUAAUGUACUAUUGUACUAAUAUCUUUUAGCUUUUUUGCAAAUGUCCUGUUAUAU